AUGUCAACGAAGAGUGUGGGAGGACGCAACGAGGACAACGACGAUGUGGUGGCCGCGAACGCCAACGGUGGAUCUAAUUACCGCAGCAACAGAAAUUUUUCAUCUUCCUUGACGCCGCUGCAAUAUCCGUACAGCGAGCAGGGGUCCAUACAACAACAACAACAACAACAACAACAGCAGCAACAACAACAACAUCAUCUUCAUCAUCAUCAUCAUCACCUGGCCACCUACCCGCUACCACCAGCGUCCACUUCUGAUUACGGAAGUAGCGACAAAUUGGGUUGCGUUUACUACGCCAUGAACAGCAGCAACAACAUGAACACUGAUGACAUUGAUGACAUCAACAACAACAUCAACAACGGCAUCGCCAACAAGAACGAAACCUGCGCUAAAAACAAUUGCAGCAGCAAAAACAGAAACGCCAGUAACUACCGUUGCGACAACUACUGUGUGGACGCGACGGUAGCCGCAAAUAAAGAAGUCCUUGCUUACGAUGUGAACAGCGUUUACGACGGUUGUAAAUCUAUUUACGCGGGUUCUCGUGCGCGAAACAACGCAAUUAGUUGCACACAACAACUUCUCCAACAACAGCAACAGCAGCAAAAUUCUCACAAGACCAACAGUUUCAUUCCACUGAACUCGCUGAGGUCGAACUUGAAAUUCAUUGAUCAACAAUGCGAAGCGCUGCUACAGAAUGACGACGUCAACCAAGCCAUCAACCACCACAACGACACUCAACUAUCUGCCCACCUACCCGACUGCGCGGUGAUCGCCACCACCACUACCACCAAAAAACUUCCACACGACCGACCGACACCAGCAUCGACAUUCACUUGUAAUCCUCUGGGGACGCUUUCAUUCCAAACAAUCCAACCAUCCAUGUCGGUUGAUGCUGACACACCGUCUCAAGCCAACAAAACUUUCAACAACAACAACAACAACAACAUCAGUAAUGUAACAUUCAGUCCUGGCAUCAAUUGCAGUAGCAACAACAACAACUGCAACAACAAUGAAAUCUCGAAAACUUUUCUGAACACGAGUUGCAAGCCGGGCUGUACUUUUAGUAUAGCUACUGGUUAA